AAGACACGUCUCUUCCUCUCUCUCUCUCUCUCUCUCUCUCUCUCUGCGCAGAAGUGAGGAAAUUUCGAAAAUGAAUAUGGCUAUAAUCAACAAUUGCAGCUAUUUAGGCACUCGUUACAUCACAAAUUCAAGCUACGAGCAUAUGCCUAAAAGAAUCCAUGGUAUUAAAGACAAGGAGCAUUCAAAGUUCUUCAAGAGGGAGUGUCUUGAUGGUGAAGAUGUUGUAUCACUGUCAAAGUCAAAGACUAGCAAAAUUAGAUUCCCUAAUGUAUUCCUAAAUUCGGUUGCAGCAAAUUUGCUUUUAACACACACUGCAAAUGCUUUUACUGGGGAAGAUAUCAAGCAAAUACCUGAUUCUGUCUAUCUUUUGGCUGAUGGAUCUGUCGGAGAUUGGCUUUCAGGCAUUUUAUAUUCAGCCAGUCAACAGGCUAAUGUUGCUGUUCAGGAUCAGUUGUCAGCUCUCAGUUUUACUAGUUUGUCAGUCAUUUUUGGUGCUGGCCUUGUAACUAGCCUUUCUCCUUGCACACUCAGUGUUUUGCCACUUACCCUUGGUUACAUAGGAGCAUUUGGCUCAGGGAAGAGCAGAGCAGAGGUUAUUGGGAAUUCUCUUGCAUUUGCAAUGGGAUUGGCGACUACAUUAGCAGUACUAGGUGUAGCAGCCUCAUUUGCUGGCAAGGCUUAUGGUCAAGUAGGGCAGGGGCUACCUCUUGCCCCCCCCGGUUUUUGUGUUUUGCUUGAAUUGAAUAUGGAAGUAAUUGAGUUACAACUUCCCUCAUUUUUCAACAACUUUGAUCCUCGUGCAGCUGCUGCUAAUUUGCCUUCAAGUGUUCAAGCGUAUUUGGCUGGACUUACAUUUGCAUUAGCUGCAUCACCUUGCAGCACUCCAGUGCUGGCUACCUUGCUUGGAUAUGUUGCUUCUACCAGGGAUCCAGUAAUAGGGGGUAGUUUACUGUUGACCUAUACAACUGGUUAUGUUGCUCCUCUACUUCUUGCUGCUUCCUUUGCUGGAGCAUUGCAGAGCCUGCUUUCAUUCCGCAAGUUUUCUGCAUGGAUUAACCCAAUGAGUGGGGCCCUCCUUCUGGGCGGGGGCGUAUAUACAAUGUUGGAUAAGCUUUUCCCUGCAACAACGAUGGCAAUGUAAGCAGUUACAGGGAUUACAUGCUGUAAAAACUAGACCAGAAGAAGAGGAAGGUGCUGCUGUGCUAACUUUAGUUGGCAGUUGGCACCAAAUGAAGACCUUCCCACACACUAUUUUUACAUCAAUACAUUGAUAUUUAAUGUGCAGAACAUUCCCGCCCAGGAAAAAAACCCGUGUAAAAUAAUUAUUCACCAACAUGGUUAAAAAAAAGUUCUUUGUAAAAAAUGUAAGUGAAUUUGUGCAUUUAUGAGGAAUGGAGCUAUGUAGUGUUUGGUCAUGGAAUACAGGUAGAUGGAUCAAUAUGAUGCUUUAAUGAGGAA